UUACUUUUUUACUUAACAUAUUUGACAAAUGGAUUUAAAAACAUAGACAACUAAUAAUUAAAUUAUUAAUAAAAUUAUAAUAAGUUACCCUGAAAAGCAGAAAUAUCCGUGAAUUUCUUCAUAUAAUAUAUUUAUUAUAAAGCACAAAAGAAGUUGAGCAUGACUAAAAAACCAAGACUUUCAACUGCCUCCACAUCAGUAAAAGUGGAAAUAAAAGAGGAAAACCUUGGAAAUGACUACCAAAUGGCUAAGGGAAGACUUAAGGGAGUACUUAAACAACUUACUGAAAAAGUAUCAGAUGAGGAAAGUGAUUCUUCUGAGGAAGGACACACAAGGAGACGAAAAAGUGAUAGAAAGAAAAAUGAAGUAAUACCAGCUCCCUACCACCAUACAUAUGUAAUGAAACUUUAUGAUAGAAGUGUGGAUCUUGCCAGGUUUGAAGAAGAUACACCUCUGUACCCACUUUGCAGAGCCUGGAUGGAAAACCAACCGAAAAACCCUCAGAGACUAAUCAAGCGCAGGUCAUCUUCUCCAGAACCAGAUAAUAACAACUCCUGGAACAAUAGCACUCUAGUUGAUGUAAAAAGAUUACCGCCUCCCUCUAGGCCCUUUGAAACUAGGAUUCCAUCUCCCCUUCCUGAGCAACUAGCACAAAGCAAAGAUAAUAUUAAUCUGGAUUAUACUGAAUGCCCUCCAGUAGAUAAAAAUAUUUUGAUCAGAAACCACUUACAAAGAUGGGUGAAAGUUAAACAAAAAUGGAAGGAAACGUCGGCUAAAAAUGAGGAAAGAUACGAUAUUAGCUUUGAGGUCCUUGAAUCUAUUUAUGAUAAGGCCCAAGAAAAAAUGGAUCAUUAAAACAAACAAGGCAUUAAUAACAUAAGAAUUUAUUUAGAUAUUUAUUAGAAAUAAAAUAUAUUGACAGUAAA